AUGACCCACUCGAGCAACAUUCCCGUGUCUGAUCAGCUGCAGAAGGCGUUCGGCGAUGCUCGCGCCAGCGGCAACGUCCGAUUUAUUAAGGUCUCCAUUGAGGACGAGAACCUCGUGCCUGUAGCCACCCAGCCCGUGAUCGCCGAUGCCGAACAUGAUUUUGCCAAGGUGGUGCCCAACUUCGAGAGGCACACGGCGGCGUUCGUGCUGUACCGGCUGGACUCCACCGACGCGUCGGCGGGCAGCCACGAGUGGAUGCUCCUGUCCUACGUGCCGGACGGCUCCCCCGUCAAGCAACGCAUGCUCUACGCCUCCACCCGGGACUACCUCAAGCGACAGCUGGGCAAGAACUACUUCGCCUACGACUUCUAUGGCUCCGCUCCCGAGGAUUUCACCUGGGCGGCCUUCCAGGAGAGCCUGAAGAAGCCGCAGGGCACCGCGCCCCUCACCGCCGACGAGGUGCAGAGGUCCAGCAUGGCCGGUGCCGAGAUCGAUCCCGGUCACACCAGGGAGUAUGUCCACUCUGUCAAGUUCCCGCUCUCGGUCGCCGCACAGAAUGCCCUCCGCAACCUCACCCCCGCGCAAAACUACGCUCAGAUCAGCGUCGACACGGUCAAGGAGACCGUGGAGCUCGUCGAGGCGCGCCAGCUGUCCGCGUCGGAGAUCGCCAGCCGCCUCCCCAGCAACGAGCCUCGUUUCGUGUUCUUCAGGUGGUCCCACACGCACAACGGUGGCGCCGGACCCGUCCGUCUUGAAUCCAACGUGUUCAUCUACUGGUGCCCUGAGACGGCUCCCAUCAAGGCCAAGAUGCUCUACUCGACCGUCAAGUCGGUCGUGGCCGGCGCGGCGGAGGACGCCGGAGUGACGUUCGAGAAGGCGGGCAAGCUCGAGGCCAGCGAGCUGGAGGACGUGACGGAGGAGGCCAUCCGCGAGGCCCUCCACCCGACCGCCGAAGACGGCCAGAAGGCCUUUGCCCGACCCAGGGGACCCGGCCGCGGCCCUGCCCGCCUCAACCGCACCCGCAACAAGUAA